ACGGCCGAUUUCGACACGUUGGAAUCGUUUCUCGUGCAGCUAGCGCCAUCCAGUGGUUAGUCUAGGCAGUGCACUUGUAGAACCAGUUUAAAUUUUCCCGCUCUGGCGACGUUCUGAUUUUUGAUGCGCCUUUUUGAGAACUAAUGUGCGCGUGUUGUUGCAAAAGGGGGCGUGGCGGCCGCGCUUGAGAAAAAAUACUGCCACUCGGGGUUAUUCAGCAUUAGCGUCAAAUUUUUGUGAUCAAAAGGCUCCCAGCAAGUCAAAUAUUGAAUCAUAUUGUCGGCUUUGUUAUCUGGCGGCGUUGAGUGGGGAUAAUUACCCGAAAAUGACGCCAGCUAUUCACUAGUGAGCUUUGACUUGGAGUCCGGGUGGUUUUAUUCCACGAAAACGCAUUCCUGAAGGUCCGCCGCAUGUCCAACAUGUAUACCUAGCCUUUACAGCCAGUUUGCAGCAGUUUUGGUUUCGCUUCUCUUGUUAAAUCCGCCAGAGGGCCGCAUCCGGUGUUACUAUCGCAACAACGCCAGUCGCUCCGGUCUCUGCCAUGGCGUCGGCGUCGGACGCAACUGCGCCGCGCGGAAAGCGUUCUGUUCGAAAGUAUUCUUCACCCGCACCUGAUUUUAGUGACGAGGAUUCGAGCUUCGAGUCCGAAGAUGACAGUACUUCUGCUUCAAGCUCUGACGGCGACGAUGUUUCGAGUCAGCCCGGGACAUCCGCAGCUGCUCACCGGGUCCGUACGUCGCUAGGCCAGGAUGUGCUGCCACCGGCUGUGAAGAAACUUCAGUUCACGCCAACAAGGCCGCCCGGAGCACAUCUCGGCCCAGCACUUCGGAGCAGCGCAAGACGCUUUACAACGGCGCGCGAUUUUUUCCUCCUGUUCUUCACCGCAGAAGUAAUAAAUACUAUCUGCAAGAACACGAAUAAAUAUGCUUGGAUGCAUAUUUUGGAGCUUCCAAGCUAUGCUGAAAGAGAUGGGUCGUGGAAGGAAGUGACUCCCGACGAACUAGUGAAGUUCAUUGGACUGCUCAUUUAUAUGGGCAUUGUGAACGUGCCACGCAUCCACCUUUACUGGAAUACCAGUAGGCUUUUUUCAGGGCUUCUUCCUCGGAACGUUAUGCCAAGGAGACGGUUUUCUGCACUUCUGCGCUUCCUAAGUGUCACUGAUCCGGAGGCGACUACUGUAGCUACGCACGGCAGGCUGCACCGCGUAUUGUGGCUUCUGCAACACGUGAACACUACAUCGGCAGAACUUUUUCAACCUGCGCGGAACCUCUCUGUGGAUGAAAGAAUGGUCAAAUCGAAAGGAAGAUCGGGUAUUCGGCAAUACAUGCGGGACAAAAUUGUAAAGUGGGGAUAUAAAUUGUGGGUGCUUGCUGAUUCGCAGACUGGCUAUUCCAUUCAAUUUUAUGUGUACGCAGGCAAACGGGAAACAGCUAGUGCAAGUGGACUAGCAUUUGAUGUGGUGACACAACUGUGCGAUAAAUACCUCAAUCAAGGAUAUGUUAUCUACAUGGACAACUUUUACACAUCUGCGUCUCUAUUUGCUCACCUGCUAAAUGGCAAAACCCUCGCUUGUGGCACGACACGUAAAGAUCGUCGGUGCUUCCCGUCUGAAUUGAAGGACGUGUCAUGGGAGAAAAAGGCAAAGAGAGGCAUCUUUCUUAGCCGCUCGACUCGCUUGAGUCCGUCGCCACCGAGCAUGCUCCUCCAGCCGUAA